AUGCAGCUAAAUUUUUCGAAACCAUCGGUGGGAAAGGAGACAAGAAGAGAUGCAUCGCUCUGCCUUUACGAUCCAACUUCUCCAAAGAGAAAGGAGCCAGAGUGUAGGAAAGAAAUGUUUAAAGAGUUUCAAGAUAAAUUUAAAAAGGCAUGCCCUGCUGCACCAGUUAUCCAUGUAAAAAACGACAGCUCAACCUCUGUUAAAACAAAUUUCGGUGAACACCAAAAGGGUAGUCCUCUUAGUUAUCACUUACCUUCAAUUGAUAGUAUUGGAGCUGAUCAAACAAACAUCUACAGUGAGUUACCAAUUCAACUCCCUGUGCUCAGUGAUGGCUGGAGUGAAUAUGUACAUGGAUUUCAAAAUAUAGAUCUUACUUUCAUUACCUUGUCACUAGAAGAUGCAUCAAAACUUGAAUCUGGCACGAGAGAGCAGUCUGGAAGCGCAAAGUGGAAAUUAGAGAGAGCCAAGCGCAUCACGGCAUCUCAGUUUGGUCAGGUUUUCAAAAGAAAGGCGGCUGUCACAGAAAAGUUUCUGAAGGAACUUUUUGAAGGAAAAACAAUCCAAACACCAGCUAUGAAAUAUGGUUUGACUAACGAGAUUAGGGCUGCAAAAGCAUAUCUUGACUCUGGAAAUAAUACAAAACUCUACAAGAGUGGACUGGUGGUUAACCCAGCAUUCUGUUGGUUGGGGGCCUCCCCAGAUGGUGUUGUCUAUGACCCUUCUAUGGAAGAAAAUCCCUUUGGGCUGUUUGAAGCAAAAUGUCCAUUUUGUGGUGCGGGUAAGAAAAUUGUUGACGUUAUUAAAGAAAAUAAGCAAUUUUACUUAAAACAAACAGACCAUGGCAUUAAAUUAAAAGAAAAUCACAACUACUAUUAUCAAGUCCAAGGCCUCAUGGGGGUGACUGGGAUGAAAUGGUGCGACUUUUGUGUUUGGACUGGUGUAGAUUUCUUUCAACAAAGAAUUCUGUUUGAUGAAACUUUGUGGAAUGAUGUGCUAUCCAAAUUAACCAAUUUCUAUUUUGAAAAUUUUUACGAGUUUCUUACAAGAAGAGGGUGCUGA